AUGAUUAAAAUAAAGAACAUAAAAGAAUUAUUUCAUCCAUUAUUACCAAAUGUAAAUAAAAGCACUAUAAAGAAAAAUGUAUUAUAUUUUAUUGAUUUAACUAAAUUUCAUGUAUAUGAACAAUUAUUAUUGGAAGAAAGUUUAUAUAGAUUAAGUAGUAUUUUAAGUGAAGGAUUAAAUAAUAUAGGUUUCGUAGUAGUAAAUAAUACGAGAAAUGAAAGAGAGGAAACAAAAAAUUACUAUAAUAAAUGUGUUGUAUUAGGAAUUAGUGGUAAAGUAAAUGACCACAUAAAUAAUGUAAAUUAUAUUAAAAAAAACAAAAUUUGUUUAAUUAAAAGAUUUACAGGGGGUGGAACGGUAUAUAUAAACAAAAACUGUCUCCUAGUUUCAUUAAUUCUUCCUAACAAUUUUUGUAAAUUAUUAAAUCUUUAUCCAUCCAAUAUAACAGAAUGGUCUUUCAAUUCAUUUUAUGGAAUGUUUUUGAACGAAAAAAAAAAUAAAAUUUUUAACGAAAACUUUGGUUAUUUUGAAAAUGAUUAUGUGUGUAAAAUAUACGACAAGGAAAGUAAAAAAAUAAAUUUAAAAAAAGUUGGUGGAAAUGCACAAGCUUUUUCAAAAAAUUACUUUGUUCAUCAUACUUCUUUUAUAUGGUCUUGUAAUUAUAAUGAAAUGGAGAAUGUUUUAAUAAAUCCAGUAAAACAACCUGUUUAUAGAAACAAAAGAAGUCAUUAUGAUUUUAUUGAAUCAUUUAGAUCAUGCUUACACAGCUACAUAAAUACUCCAGAUUGUUUUAUAAGAAAAUUAAUUUGUCAUAUAAGGCAAUUAAUAAACAUAAAAAAUAGCAAUGAGCAAGAUGAUUUUUGGUUUUUUAACAAAAUAAACUUAAAUAUUAAUGACAACUCAUAUGAUUUGGAGUCCUUUGAUAAUAUAUAUUACACUGAUUCUAGUUUAUUAAAUGAAAUUUUUCUUUUAUAUAACAAUAAUAUGCAUAUGAAUAACUUAAGGUCAACGUACUUUUUAGAUAUAGAAGGAAAUAAAGUUUCUGAUACAUAUUAUAAAAUAUCAUCUUUUAUUUUGAAUGAAAAUAAUUAUAAAAAUGUAUUAACUAAAUAA